AUGUUGCUCCAUUUCGUACGGCACGGUCCCAGAAGGGCACGAACAGAGAGAAGAGUGACGGGAAUCCCUCCGCAACACACAGACGCACAAGAAUCGGAUACAGGGCACAGGCGGCACCCUUGA